CACAAACUCACCCCCCUUUGUUGCUCCGCCGCCGCUGGCUGACAGGGGGUGGCAGGAGGUGACUGACGGGGGGGGCGAUGGAGGCCGCGGCCCCCCCCCGGCUGCAGCGGGGGCAGCUCCAGUGCAAGAACCUGCACGAGUUCCUGCGGGGCCUGAGCCCCCCCGUCCUCGACCGCCUCUACGGGCACCCUGCGACCUGCCUGGCUGUGUUCCGGGAGCUGCCAGCGCUGGCGCAGGCCGGGAUCAUGCGGAUGCUGUUCCUGGAGCAGCCGCUGCCGCAGGCGGCCGUGGGGCUCUGGGUCAAGAAGGAGCACAGCAAGGAGCAGGCGCAGAGCCGUGAGGUGCUGCUGGGGCUGCGGCUGUGGCACCCCCAUACGCUGCCGGGGGGGCUCCCGGGGGUGGCGCUGCACCCCGGCUUCAGGCACAACCUGCGCCUGGCCCUGCUGGGGGGGGGCAAGGCCUGGUCCGAUGACACGAGCCAGCUGGGGCCGGACCGACACGCGCGGGACGUGCCGGCGCUGGACCGGUACGCGGAGGAGCGCUGGGAGGUGAUCCUGCACUUCAUGGUGGGGUCCCCCAGUGCUGCCGUGAGCCAGGACCUGGCCCAGCUCCUGGUUCAGGCCGGGCUCAUGAAGAGCGAAGGGGGGGAAGCCCCCUGCAUCACCUCGGCCGGGUUCCAGUUCCUGCUGCUUGACACCCCAGCCCAGCUCUGGUACUUCAUCCUGCAGUACCUGCGGGGGGCCGAGGCGCGGGGCAUGGACCUGGUGGAGAUUCUCUCCUUCCUCUUCCAGCUCAGCUUCUCCACCCUGGGCAAGGAUUACUCCGUGGAGGGCAUGAGCGAGUCGCUGCUCAGCUUCCUGCAGCACCUCAGGGAGUUCGGCCUCGUGUUCCAGAGGAAGCGCAAGUCACGCCGGUUCUACCCCACACGCUUGGCCAUCGCCUUGGCCUCGGGGCCCUCGGGGGCCCCCCAGGAGCCCGGCGCUCGCGGCUUCAUCCUGGUGGAGACCAACUACCGCAUCUACGCCUACACCGAUUCGGAGCUGCAGGUCGCCCUCAUCGCCCUCUUCUCGGAGCUCCUCUAUCGCUUCCCCAACCUGGUGGUGGCCCAAGUGACAAGGGACAGUGUCCAGGCUGCCAUCGCCAAUGGCAUCACCGCUGACCAGAUCAUCCACUUCCUCCGUACCCGAGCGCACCCCGUCAUGGCCAAGCAGACCCCGGUGCUGCCCCCCACCAUCACCGACCAGAUCCGCCUGUGGGAGCUGGAGCGGGACCGGCUGCGCUUCUCCGAGGGGGUGCUGUACAACCAGUUCCUGUCGCAGGUGGACUUCGAGGUGCUGCGGGACCACGCGCGGGCGCUGGGGGUGCUGGUGUUCGAGCACCCGGGGCGACGGCUCAUGGUGGUGACCCCCGGCGGGCACCCCGAUGUCAAGCGCUUCUGGAAGAGGCAGAAGCACAGCUCAUAACGUGGGGACCCCCCCCCCACCUUGCACCCCAACAGGGCACUUGGUUCUUGUGGUCUCCCAAUAAUAGGGUCACCCCCCUGCCCGUCUCCUUGUCCCCCUGUCACAGGGGGGUGAGGUCUGGGUGCACCCUGAUGGCUCAUUGGGGGGGUACUUGUGUCCAUUGGGGUGUUGGGACCCCGUUGCUGAGCACCUCCAAUGCAGGCAGCCCAGUCCUGGGCACCCCAAUCCCUCCGGACCCCAAUUCCAUGGGGUUCUGGUACCCUGAUCCCCAGCACCCCAAUCCCUCAGGACCCCAAUUCCAUGGGGUUCUGGCACCCUGAUCCCAAUCCCUCAGGACCCAGGUACCCCAAUCCCUGGCACUGGGGGUUCUUGGGGGGGGGGGGGAAGGAUCUUUUGGUAGAAAUUGAGGGGUUCUGAGUAAAAAACGGGGGGGUCAGAGGAAAAAAGUCUCUUGUUGGUUAAAAAGUGACAUUUGUGGUGGGGGGUGAGGGAAAAAAAGGGGGGGGUUUAAGGGAAAAAACAUGGAUUUACUCAAAAUUGGGGUUUUCUGAGGAGGAAGAAAUGAGCUUGUUGGGGGGGGUUGGGUUUGAUUUUCCUUUUUCUCCCAACAGAAAAACGUAUUUUAUGGGGAAAAGUGGGUUUUUUUAAUUAAAGCGGUGUUUUCUGAGGAGUU